AUGUGGACCACAACAACACGUCUUCACUUACUGAACGCAGUGACCCGGUACGGCCUCAAGAAAACCUCAUUCAUUGCAGCUUACUUAAAGGUCUAUGCUAAGAUUACCUCAAACAACUGGAAGCAUGAAUAUAAUAAAAUGGUAAAAGAAUACUUUAAGAACAGAGGGGCAGCAGAGACAGUUAAAGAGCACUUCAAGAAAAAACGUGCAAAAGAGAUAGAACUACUAAUACAGAAGAAGAAAGAAGAGAAGAGCAAGAUAAUUGAAAGAAUGAUAUACGGAUACGACAGCAUAGAGAGCGAAGAGGAAGAGAGUGAGUCUUUUCUGGGAAAUAAGACAGAGCCAGAACUAGCCCCAGAAAUUGCAGGAAUUGGAGAGACAAGCAUAUCCAGCGUAUGGGGCAUUAAGACACCAAAUACUCUAUCGAGUACACUCCUGCACCUCUCUACACUCAGUAAUUUACCCCCGCAUUUAGAACUGCCAGGCCCAAAACCAGAAACAUUCACACCCAUUGACAUGCACCCGCAUGCAGAGGAUGACCCAGAAUUAGCAAGCACAGCACUAACCACAAAGGAGCAAGAACUAGAAGAUAUGUUGGAAUUCUUAGAGACAUCUUCCUAUGGCGUGUCAAUUUCUUCAGUGGACCCAGCUGCCUUCGAGAAAUUCUUCAAGUGGUCGCAAGAGAGAAAUGCCCUACUGGAGAGACAGAACAAAGAAUUAGAAGAAAUCACAAAACACGAAAAUGAAGCAGAAGAAAGGGCCCAGGAGAAAGUGAAAGAGUCAAAUAAUUCACCCAUCUCAGAGACACUAAGAGGCUACUACGCCCUAGACUUCCAUGAGUACCCGAAGAAGAAGUCACCCAGGGACAAGACAAAAUGGAUGAAGGAAUUUAAGUACGUGGCAGAGAGGCUUAAGACCAUACUAAAUGGACAGAUCACAUGCAGUGCGCAUAAACAGCAAGAAAAUCAGACAGAUGCCAAGAAAGACAACCGGAGCAGGCUGCCUUGUGCAAAGUGCUUUGAUAUAAGUGUCUUAGAGGAAGGGCUCUCUGCAGAAACUGCAAAACCCACCAUGGCAGAAUAUGUAUUUAGAUCUAUGCUGUUCCUGCAGACUGUCAUUUUUACGCAGUAUGAAAUAGUGCCCAUAAAGGAUGCAGAGGCAAUCAAGGCAGAACUGUACAGGUUCUAUGAAUAUUACAGGAAGUAG